AUGAACGUAUUGCCAGAGAGCUGUGUUGCAGUGAUUUUGUCCCUCACGUCUCCUUCAGAUGCUUGUAAAUCAUCGUCGGUUUCGACUGUUGUCGGAUCGGCGGCGGAUUCUGAUUUGGUUUGGGACAAGUUCUUGCCAUCUGAUUACCAUGAAAUUGUGUCCAAGGCUUGUAAUACAACUUUUUUGUUUGCUUCAAAGAAACAGCUUUAUCACCUCCUCUGCAACCCUGUUCUGAUUGCUGAUGGCAAAAUGAGUUUCAAAUUAGAUAGACCAAGUGGAAGAAAAUCAUAUAUUUUAUCAGCAAGGCAGCUUUCUAUAAGUUCGAGCAAUGAUCCAAUGUUUUGGACUUGGAAAUCCAUCCCUGAAUCAAGAUUCUCAGAGGUAGCCGAACUCAUAAGUAGCAGCAGGUUGGAAAUCAAUGGCAAUAUCGGAAGCAAAAAGCUAUCUCCAAACACAAAAUACGGAGCUUAUUUGUUACUUAAAAUCACCGAACGCGCAUACGGGCUUGAUUUAAUACCAUCAGAGACAUCGAUCGAAAUCGGGAACCAAUCAUUCAAGAACACAGCUUACCUGCGAUGCCAAGACGACAAGAAACAGCGAUUGGAGAACCUGUUCUAUUCAAACAGGAAACAGAUGAUGAAAUCGAGGGUUGUUAAAGGAGAUGAUAGGGUUAUGAGUAGAAGGGAGGAUGGGUGGAUGGAGAUGGAGCUGGGGGAGUUCUUCAAUGGCGAAAGUGAUGAAGAAGUGAAAAUGAGUUUGAUGGAAAUCAAGGGUCAGCAGCUUAAAGGUGGGGUUAUUGUUGAAGGCAUUGAAAUCAGACCCAAAGCUUAAAACAGGGACAAAGAACUUGAUAUUUUGUUCUGCUUCGGCGGAUUCUUGUCUGGUCGAGAUUGGGACAUGAUUUGUGUUUCUCUUUUGGAAGAUAGAAAAGGGUUAAAGUCAGCUUCGAUUAUGAAGAUUAUUUUCUCAAGAAAAGUUCAAACAAAUUGAAAUA